AUGAAUCCGCCAUUCAAAGCGGUCGUCCUGGAUUUGUGGGAUAUACUGCUCUCCCGAACUGUUCCCACCAGCACCAAGAUUUCGCGCCAUACUUUGAAAGAUAUCUUCUCCUCCGACAUAUGGUACAGCUACGAGUGCGGCCAGCUGAGCGAUGAUGACAUUCGUCGAGAGGUUGCCGUGAGAUAUUCACUAGAUGUGGCCGAUGUCGUUGAUAUCCUGCAGCAAACCCGGAAGAUCACUACCCGAGAUGAAAAUAUGAUACAGAGUCUCCGUAUCCUCAAAGGGCAACACGGCAAUGGUGUUCUUCUAUGCGCCAUGCUGAAUAUUCCCAGCGCAGACUACGAGGCUAUUCGUCACAGAAUCGCGGAAUGGGCCAUUUUCGACCGGGUCUUCACAUCCGGUAAUACAGGCAUGCGAAAGCCUGACUUGUGCUUUUACCGACAUGUUCUCAGUGAGAUCCGACAGCCUCCUGAAGAGGUGAUCUUUGUCGAAUCAAACCCUGAGGACGUUCUACCUGCUCGAUCCAUUGGCAGUCGCGUUGUCCUCCACACAGAUGCAACCAGUCUUCACCAAUCGCUACAGAACUUACUGGGAGACCCCAUAAAGCGAGGAAAUGAGUUCCUCCGCGGAAAUGCGAAGCGGCUAGACAGCGUCACAAACACCGGUGUUACUAUUCGGGAUAACUUCACCCAGCUCUUAGUGUUGGAAGCUACUAAGAAUCGUGAUCUGAUCUACCUUGAGGAGCACCUAAGGACGUGGAACUUCUUUAUAGGGAAGUCCUUGCUCACGACUAGUGCGUAUCCUGAUGACUUCGACACUACAUGCACAGCAUUGACCAUGCUGGAGCCCGACAAAGGGACUGUAUCUUCGGUCUUGGAUGAGCUAGCUGGCUAUGUCAGCAACGACGGCGUUGUUCUGACGUACUUUGACCGCUCUAGGCCCCGCGUUGAUCCGGUUGUCUGCGUCAAUGUCCUGAGGGCUUUCUAUAAGUAUGGACGCGGUCACGAGCUACAGAAUACCCUCCACUGGGUGCGCGACGUGUUAAAGAGCCGAGCCUAUAUCGAAGGCACGCGAUAUUACCCGACCCCCGAAGCAUUUCUGUACUUCCUCAGCCGUCUGCUCGAGAGUGCAAACGGCGUCUACCUCCACCGCGAACUCUUCCUUAUUCUCCGAGAGCGAGUCAAGGAGCGCGUCGGGCUUCCGGGGGACGCACUUUGUCUUGCCAUGCGUCUGCUUACCUGUCAGUAUGUCGGUAUUUCAGAUGAGGCCGACCUAGCGAAACUCUGUUCAAUGCAGUGUGAGGACGGGGGAUGGGAGCCCGGGUGGGUCUAUCGGUACGGAAAGACCGGUGUCAUGAUUGGCAACCGGGGACUGGCAACAGCCUUGGCUGUGAAUGCGCUGUCGCAAGCGGAGGUAUACAAGACUUCCCGAGACUCUGAGCUCAAGCAUCAAGGCGUAUCUAGUAUCAGUAUCCCGACGGGAUUCAAGACACUCUAUGGUGCCUUCGUUAACUGGAUGUAUCCUUAUCCGCAAUCGGUCAAGACCUCGUCAUAG